UAAUGAGUACAAUAAGUAGAGAGGAAUAUGCUAAGAAAAUGAGAUUAGCUUUAUCAGACAAUCAUAUAUGUAAACCUGAUGGAACUGUUAAUCAUUAAUAUUUCUUAGUCAAAAAAGGCUAAUAUUGGGCAGAGGAGAAAAUAAAAUUCUUAAUAGAGUAAUUAGAAAAAGUUGGUGUUGGAAAUUGGAAGUUAAUGUAAAAAGGACUUUUAGAAUAAACUGUAAAGUUAUUAAAUGAAUUUUGUAGAGUGAAAUUGAAUUAGAACUAAGGACCUGCUUAUUAUUUAAAACUACAGAUAUUUAACCAUAUAUGGAUAAAAAAUUUACAAAAAAUGAAAUCGAAUUAAUUGCAUAAUAGAACCUAGAAAAAGCUUAGUAAUUAAAUAAAAUGAAAUAUGGAGUAUUCGUUGUUUGA